AUGAUCACCCCUGACAGCUCCAUUGCUGGUGGUGCUGCUGCUGCAGCUGCUGAUCUCUCAAUGGUCUUCCCAGAUAUGCUCAGUCAGGAAACCAACAACACUUCUAAAAAGCCUUCAAGAUUUAGAUCACAACAUUCACACGCUCCUUCUUCUUCAUCUAACUCUUCAUCAUCAUCUUCUUCAUCAUCAUCUUCUUUAAUUGAUCAUCCAGUUCAUGAUCAGAUCAGAAACCUUGAAGCCCCCCUAGGAUUCAACUUAGCCGAAGACCCUCUCAUCUCAGCAGUUUCAUUACUAGAUGAUCACAAUAUGGUACAAACUUCUAAUAACAAUACAAAUAAUAUUCCAUUACAAUCUUCCAUGGAUUCAUCAGCAGAAUCAGUCUCAGCUUCAAUGGUCGACUCUUUACUUCAAGGUUUAGACCCACAAGAUUUUGCUCUUGCUCAAUCAAACCACACCCUGAGAACCUCAAACAAUAAUAAUAAUAAUAAUAAUAAUAACAACAACAACAACAAUAAUAAUAAUAAUAAUCAUCAACAACAACAACACCUCAACCAUACAAUCAUCCCCCAACAACAACAAUUUAAGCCUUACUCCGAAGACCCAAUCUCUCUACUCAAAUCUGACUACUAUUUUGAUGAAUUUGUAUCCCCUUCAAACAUCUCAUUCCCUCUUACUCACGAUAUGCAGUCUGCUGCUGCUGCUGUUGCCGCUCUAGUCGAUUACACAGAACCUGCCCCAACGGUCGGAAAUGCUUCCUCAACAACAAACCACCACGUUGUCGAUUACUCAACUUCUAUCAAAUAUUCACCAUCUUCACCUUCAGUCUCAUCCUCUUCAUCUCCUCAAACAUCCUCAGAUAAACACGACGAAAUCCCCCCAAUCGUUAAACAAGAAUCUAACUUGGACCAAGUCCCCCAUCCUUCAAUCAUCACCCCAGCUUCAACUACUUCUCUCUCCUCUGUAGGCUCAUCUUCAGAAAAACCCCAGCAAAAACAACAAUCUUCCUUAGCCACAAAGGACUACCCGGCUCCUAAUUACAUGCCAGACUUUAACCCAAAUGACUGGGAUGAUCUCGACAACUCAAAUCUCAAGUAUCGUAUCCACAUUAGUGACUCCCCCAUCAAGUCCCGUGUCGAAACACAAAUCAAAAUAGCCCUCCAUUUUUACCCUCCACCAUCAGAGUCAAUCGUUCAUCUCCCGGCAGAUACAAUCUCAAAACCAAAACUUCAACUAAGAGACCCAUUUUAUCCAAUUCCUACUGCCCUGUCUCUUGAUACUAUCGUCAUUUGUGACACAGAUCAUAACCAUUAUGUCAAUAUGUGUCGCUGUUGUCUCAAUCGAGAACGCAAACGAGCCUUUCGCAAAAAAGUCCGUCUUCCUGUCGAAGAGGCCCACUGGAGCCUCGACAAGGAAAAACGUGCAAUCGUCUUCAACUGUAAAGAAAUCGUCGACUUUGGAUCUCUUGUUGACAUUGACCUCAAUGGCCAAACAGUCACUGCAAAGAAACUAGAGCUCCCUAUCCGUAUGGCUUGCUACUGUCGCCACCAUAACGAAAAAGUGGGCUUUCGUGCCCUUUUCGUCGUGCGUGAUUACACUGGUAAGGUUGUAGCUCGAUGUUCUACCUCCUCCAUCAUGAUCACUGAUGAUCACAAGGCUGCCUCUAGUAGAGCUGCAUCAUCUGUAGGUAUCAAGCGUCUCAACUCGGAAAUCGACGCAGCCGACGAUGAAGAUGUCAUAAUGACAGCCUCUUCCACUGCUGCAAAUACCCCCCAUCCUUCCAUUUCUGCAACAUCAUCACCAUCGCCGAAAAAUGAAUAUCAAAUUUCCUCAGACUAUGGGCCACGCAAGAAAAAACCCUCAUCUUCCCUCCCCCCAACCUCGGCUGCUCUGCCCAUCACAGCCACACCACAGUCUUUGGUAUCCUCAUCAAGCAAACGCACCACUAACUCCAGCACUAGCCGCUCAAAACGUCCCUCAACCUCUGCAACUACUGCCGUCUCGGCAGCCAAUGUUGCUGCCGCUGCUGCUUCGGCCUCACGCUCAUUGCGCUCAUAUUCUACCUCCUCCUCCGCCGUGGCCUCACCUCCUACAACUUCCUUCUCAAAUGUCUCUUCUCCUUCAUAUCUUCUCAAAUCCCCAACCUCUCCUCCACAUCCCUCUGCAUCCCCAUCUGCUUCCUUUGACGGUAUUAUAAACCCCUUCUAUGGAAAUAACUCCGCUGCUUCUUCUUCAACAAGACCUACAAGUACUAUUGCCUCCCCCGUGGCUUCACCAUCAGACCUCACAGCAGUCCUAGCAUCUUCUCAGUCAAAUGGUUUAUCACAAACUAUUGCUGUUCCCUCUCCACAACCAGAAGAAUCUAUUCCUUCUACAAUCAAUGCUCUCAUCCACUCCCAACAAUCAUCAGUUGUCAAUGGGCUUCCAGAUAUCCAAAAGAUUAUUCCUCAAACUGGACCCAUUCGUGGCGGCAUUGAUGUUUCACUCUUUGGAUUCAACUUUAUCGAUGGUCUUGUUCCCAAGUUUGGAGAAAACAAGUCGGUUUUGACUACCUGCUGGAGCGACCGCUCUAUGGUCACCCAGCUUCCACCAUCAAAAUCCCCAGGUCCCGUCAUUGUUUCCUUUGACGGUCUGGCUGCCAUGCCUGGAUCACAAAUUUUUUCCUACUACGAUGACACGGAUCGCCAGCUGAUUGAACUCGCGCUUCGUGUGGUUGGUGUCAAGAUGAAUGGCAAGCUUGAAGAUGCUCGCGACAUUGCUCGCAGAAUUGUGGGUCCAGGAACUGGUUUUGACUCAGAAAUGCAGAGUUUCCGUGGUGGUAGUACGGGGAAUAGCGCCAAUGACGCUAUGGAACCUCUAGGAAUCCCUCCUCAUCGCCUCGAAGUUUUGUUGUUAAAACUAGUGGCCCUUAUGGACUCAUACGAAAAUGAUGCACGACCCAACUGGCAACUGCGCAACAAUGAGGGCCAGACCAUGCUGCAUUUAAGUUCUAUUCUUGGUCUGGAAAGAUUUGUCAACAUUCUUCUCUCUCGUGGAGCUCAUGUUGACAUCCAAGACAAGAAUGGAUAUACCCCAUUGCACUUUUCUGCUAUGCAUAAUCACCAAGCCAUCAUUUCCAUGCUGCUUGAUUAUAAUGCAGACGAAACUCUAUGCACUUACUUUGGUCAAACUUAUCAUGAUCUUGGCGAAGAUGACCUUGAACCACAUGACACUCCUCGCUUCUUGACUCAAGAAAGAUUCCCCAACUCUCAGGGAAUGUUUGCCUUUAACGAGGAGUCGUCUGAUGAAGAAGAGUACCAAGGUGAUAUUGAAGAUGAUGGAGACGGUGAUGACGAAGAUAGUGACGAGUCUGGUGACUUUUUCUUCCACACAAAUGUUAAUUAUCACAACCACCUCCCACUUUCACAGCACCAGUUUGCAUUCCUUGGAGAUGAUACAGUUGCAUCAUCUGAUGGCGACAGUGACGAAUUCCAUGAGUCUGAUUUCAUAGAAGAUCAAGAGGAACCAGAGGUUCAAACAGGGAGUGGAACAUUGGCCCAUAAGCUUGGAUGGUAUAUUCCUUCCUUUUUACGCACUCCGGAGGGAAGGUCUUUGCGUAAGCGAGUUGCAUUUUCGGUGCCUUCUCAGCAGAAACAGCAGCAACAGCAGCAACAACAACAACUACCACAACAACUACCACAACAACAACAACAACAACAACAAGAAAAUCCAGCGACUUCUCAACAUGAACCUCAACAACCGUUCAACGCCAUGGCAUACCACUAUAACAAUGCCAUCACCACGGGGUCUGCAUACCUGCGAGGAAUGUUUGGACGUGCGGGUCCUGUUGAUGAAGCCCCCGGGAGCUCGCCGCCUAAUUAUUACGACAUUUUCCCUCAUGGCUCAGGGUCCAAUCCUGACUACUCCAACUCUGCAAUUGAUGAGGAGAAACCUGCAGAAGCUAUUUUUGCUGCAUCAGCAACUGAAGGUGGUCCCAGCGGUGCCAGUAGCACAGUUGAAGAAGUAGUUACAACUACUACCACGACUGUGGAGACUCGACAACCGACGGAAGACGAGGUUGUAGAGAUUUGGCGCAACAACCGCAAAAAGCUGCAGAAUGACCGCAUGUUUCUUUUCUUCUGGCUGCCCGUGUUCAUCUUCACUCUGGUCUGGGUGUGCUACCGCAUGGUAGCAUAUAUGGACUAUGUUGAUGGCGAGAGCGUUGUUGUCAGCGACACUGUCGAAGGAGUAGUAGCAGCAGCAGGUACAUCCCUGGAAACAACAGUUGCUGAUAAGACAUCAACAGUUACAACAUUACGUGCAGGUCUGGAUGCUGGUGUGACUCGUACAACAGCUCUCCGGACCUGGAUGCAUGAUUCAGUAGCAUCUGUGGCUAAACGCGUGUUAGGGUUUGGCAAGUACCAGCGAAGAGUAGUUUACGAUGCAGUUGCAGCGAGUGCAUCAGCACUUAAUGCGCAAAACCCAUGGGCUACGGUAGCACAGCCAGUUGGUGUUGGACAUUAA